GCCAGCUUAGGAAGUUUGGCUGUUCUCUCGCUAAUCCUGAUUCCCCCAAAGGUCAGAUAAACAGGUUAGUGUCAACUGGUGAUGGGAAACUUGAACAUGACUGACUCCAUGGACAUCAAAAGCAGCAGAAUCCAGUCCCUCUGUGGAACUUCUGAACAUCUUUUGCUAGCGAGAACGUGUUCUACACAAUGAAGCCAACAACUUAAUUUGCAGAAGUGUUUAUGUGCUUCUGCUUCAUCUGCUAUUGUUCACGGUACUUGACAUCUAAGCAGUACAGGGUCUUUUGCGAUGACAAUAUGACUAAUAGUAAAGGAAGAUCUCUUACCAGUAAAACAAGUGAUGGUUCAAAUAGUGGAGGAAGUUUUGUAGACUGGACUUUAAAUUUAAAUACAAUUCAGUCUGAUAAGUUUUUAAACUUACUGUUGAGUAUGGUUCCAGUAAUUUACCAGAAAAAUCAAGAAGACAGACACAAAAAAGGGAAUGGCCUCUGGCAAGAUGGACUGUCAGCUGCAGCACAGACUUUGAGUAGCAGAGCUGAGCAGCACAUGGAGUAUCACAGUUUCUCAGAGCAGUCUUUCCAUGGCAGUAAUGGGCACAUACCAUCAGGCUGUAGCCAAAAGUAUGAUGACUAUGCCAACUACAACUACUGUGAUGUGCGGGAGGCUUCAGAAACCACUGCCAUGUUACAAGACGGAGACGCGUCCAGCGAUGGCGAUGAGGAUGCCAUUGUGGAAGCCAAGCAUAAGUUACCAAAGGAGUCCAGUGGCAUCAUGGCUCUGCAGAUACUUGUGCCGUUUUUGCUAGCUGGCUUUGGGACAGUUUCAGCUGGCAUGGUUUUGGAUGUAGUACAGCAUUGGGAGGUGUUCAAAAAAGUUACAGAAGUCUUCAUUUUAGUUCCUGCACUCCUUGGUCUCAAAGGGAACUUGGAAAUGACGUUGGCAUCCAGAUUAUCCACUGCAGUAAAUAUUGGGAAGAUGGAUUCACCCAUUGAAAAGUGGAAUCUAAUAAUUGGCAACUUGGCUUUAAAGCAGGUGCAGGCAACUGUCGUUGGUUUUCUAGCAGCUGUGGCGGCAAUUAUACUGGGCUGGAUUCCAGAGGGCAAGUAUUACCUGGAUCAUUCCAUCCUUCUGUGUUCCAGCAGUGUGGCAACUGCCUUCAUUGCGUCUCUCCUACAGGGAAUCAUAAUGGUUGGGGUCAUUGUUGGUUCCAAGAAGACUGGCAUCAAUCCUGAUAAUGUUGCCACACCUAUUGCUGCUAGCUUUGGUGACCUGAUAACUCUGGCCAUUUUAGCUUGGAUAAGUCAGGGUUUGUACUCCUGUCUUGAGAACUAUUACUUCGUUUCUCCAUUAGUUGGUGUGUUUUUCUUAGCGCUCACUCCUAUCUGGAUUAUAAUAGCUGCCAAGCAUCCAGCCACAAGGACAGUUCUCCAUUCAGGCUGGGAGCCUGUCAUCACGGCCAUGGUUAUCAGCAGCAUUGGGGGCCUUAUUCUGGAUACGACUGUAUCUGAUCCAAACUUGGUUGGAAUUGUUGUUUACACACCUGUUAUUAAUGGUAUUGGUGGCAAUUUGGUGGCCAUUCAAGCUAGCAGGAUUUCAACCUACCUCCAUUUACAUAGCAUUCCAGGAGAAUUGCCUGAUGAACCCAAAGGUUGUUACUACCCAUUCAGAACGUUUUGUGGUCCAGGAGUAAAUAAUAAGUCUGCCCAAGUUCUACUGCUUUUAGUAAUUCCUGGACAUUUAAUAUUCCUCUAUACUAUUCAUUUGAUGAAAAGUGGCCAUACUUCUUUGACUGUAAUCUUCGUAGUUGUGUACUUAUUUGCUGCUGUGUUACAGGUAUUCACCUUGCUGUGGAUCGCCGACUGGAUGGUCCACCACUUCUGGAGGAAAGGAAAGGACCCUGAUAGCUUCUCUAUCCCUUAUCUAACAGCGCUGGGGGAUCUGCUUGGGACAGCCUUGUUGGCCUUAAGUUUUCAUUUUCUUUGGCUUAUUGGAGAUCGAGAUGGAGAUGUUGGAGACUAAUAAAUCCUACAAACGGCUCUCAGAUUACUAAGGAGGAAAACACAAAACAACCACUCUGGCUCUUUUUCAAACCUCUUAAUCAGUAACUUAAUUUCUGCCAGGGUGGUCUUCAGUUGGCCCUGAGAUUCAAUUAAAUGGCCUUAAAGAAUUUGUGUUAAAAACAGA